AGAGAGAGAGAGAAAGACUUGGGGUUUGAGUUGUGUUGUUGGGAGUCAAGUGGGAAAGAAAGACCCAUGUCUAACUCUGACGGAGCUACCACCAACGGUAACGGCGCAAUCAUUGACCCGCAGAGGCAGCAACAGCAGCAGUCGUCCUCCGGAAACGGCGCUCUCGCCGUUAAGAAGCCGCCGUCUAAGGACCGUCACAGCAAGGUCGACGGCCGAGGUCGCCGUAUUCGCAUGCCGAUCAUAUGCGCCGCACGUGUCUUCCAGCUCACGCGUGAGUUGGGUCACAAAUCCGACGGUCAAACCAUCGAGUGGCUCCUACGCCAGGCCGAACCCUCCAUCAUAGCCGCCACCGGCACCGGCACCACUCCUGCGAGCUUCUCCACCGUUUCGGUCUCUGUACGCGGAGGCGGCGGCGGAGGAGGUUCGAACUCCCUAUCGUCGUCUUCUACCACUUCUACUUCUCUUGACCAUAAGCCUGCCCUUCUGGGUCCGACACCCUUCAUACUCGGAAAGCGCAUACGGACCACCGAUGAUGACGCUGCUAAGGAUGAUGGCGUCACCGUGGGACCCACUGUUGGGUCAAUAGUAGGGCCGACGACACCAGCUGGGUUAUGGGCACUUCCGGCCAGGCCUGACUUCGGCCAGGUAUGGAGUUUUGCUGCAGCUGCGGCCGCUCCUCCGCCAGAGAUGGUGGUUCAGCCCGCGGGUGUGUCGGUGUCGCAGCAGCAGCAUGCUUCGUUAUUCGUUCAUCAUCAUCAGCAGCAACAAGCCAUGGGCGAGGCGUCGGCGGCUCGACUGGGUAAUUACCUUCCAGGACAUCUGAAUUUGCUGGCUUCUUUGUCGGGUGGGCCCGGAAGUUCAGGUCGGAGAGAUGAUGAGCCUCGAUAAUUUUGGAGUUGGCGGCGGCGGAGGGUGGUGGUGUUGUUGGUAUAUAUAUUUGUUGUGUAUGGCUGUAUGGCUUUGUUGUGUGUGGAAAGCAGAAGAUUUUCUUAGUAGUAUUUAUUUAGGAUUAGAGUUCGUUUUGGGUUCUUAGUUGAGUGGAGAAGUCCAUGAAUUAUGGAAUUCAAAUUAGGAUUUUUAGGAGUUCGAAAUUGUUUAGAUUCUGGGGGGGUUGGCGAAGCUGAAGGAGAGAGAUAAAGGCUCACAUUUAUAAAUAACUCAAGAUCGAGGCUGGAAGCGGAUUUCAGAACCUCGAUCCGUAUGCAAGCAAGUCCAGUAGAGUUAAUAAUGUUACUUAUUGUGUUAAGAGCAUGUUUCAAGUCCAAGUCAAAGCUUGGGAUGAUGGGAUUGCAUCUGUUUUCCAAUGGGUUUUUGACUGACAAGUUUGUUCAUUGUUGAGGUAGAAGUGAUUAAUUAAUAGUGCUUAGUGUUUGUGCCUACAAGUUAAAAGACUCAGGUCAGUUCUUGUCUUCCCAAUUUGUUGGAGGUCCCAAGGUUCCAAUGUAGAAUGAGAAAGUCACAGUGAUUUGGCAGUAUCGCUGAAUUAUGGCCUCUCUCUUCCACUCUCACGCUCUUUGUUGGUCUUAUCAUUUGUUUUCAGAGGUGACUGGUGUGUAAAAUGAGCAAAGCGCUGGUUCGUUCUACUCUGCAAGACCUCUCUGUUUUGAGAUUUUUAUCUGCAAUUCUUAUUUAGCCAUUUGUUAGAUUCAUGCAUCAGCGUGAGAAUAAUGUGUUAUAUUGUAUGUAAGUGGAUUGUUUUGGGGUGCCAGUGAUGUGAAUAAAAACCCACCUUUUUCCCCUA